CCUUUCAAUAAAUCAAAUUUUCGAAGGUAAACAAAACUCGUAUUCGUUACUUUAGCCUUUUUGAAAAAAUUGUUUAGCUGGAACAAAGCAAAUAGAAGCUUUAAAUACAAAUGCAUUAACGGUGCACUCACACAAAAUUAUGUCAAUAGCAAAAUUAUUUGUAAAAGUUUUUGGUGAGGAUAUUUUCGAACAAAUUAAUGCUGCUCAAAAACAACAGCCAGAGGACGAGGAUGAUGAGGCUGGGUGCUCCACAAUGCAAGAUACGCCAAAAGCACCCAAACUGGAUGAAUUGAAGCUACCCGACCAAAUGGUCAUUGUGCGGAAUUGGCUAAACGAGCGUCUGAAUGUCAUUGAGUCAAAUAGUGCACAAGCGACGAAGACACAGCGAAUCGACAUGGGCUCUAGGCUUGGUCCAGAGCACACGAUAUGUGAUAUUGAUUUUACAUCGACAGUGCGGAUAUCAGCCGAUAGGCUCUCGCUGCGUUCACAAGGCAGUUUCAAUACUAUAAAGGCAAAUGUUUGCGUUUAUGGUGGGCGUUGGAUGUAUGAGGUACUUUUGCACAGUAAAGGCGUGAUGCAAAUCGGAUGGUGUUCCAAUAAAUGCACCUUUAAUGAGAACAGCGGCGUUGGUGAUACGAAAUGGAGUUAUGGUUAUGAUGGUAGCAAACAACAAAUAUGGCACAUUUCCACAUCAAAGUAUGGCGACAAAUGGCAAAUUGGUGAUAAUAUCGGUAUUACUAUCGAUGUUGACAAUGAAACAGUUGAAUAUUUCCGUAACGGAAUUUCAAUGGGUGUCGCUUUCCGCAAACUAGAACGUGGUCCAGGCAUUUCAUUCUUUCCCGCCGUUUCACUCGGCUAUAAUCAAGGUUUACAAGUGAACUUUGGCAAUAUGCCUUUUAGGUAUCCAGUUGAGGGUUUUAUGCCGAUACAGGCGAAACCUAUCGUACGCUUACAAAAAGCCGACUUGUUGCUUGGCUAUCUAGUCAAUUUAGCCGCUGUACUGGUACACAAUCCAGUGUGUAAGAAAAAGGAUUAUGUGGAGGGUAAGGUAUCCACGAAGAAAACAGUGUAUGUUGUGUUCGCUACGCUGCUGAUUGAGAAAUUAACACAAGUAUUGUUCGAUCCAUAUGUCAUCGAAGACAAAUUGUUACCACAUAUUGUCAAUUUGUGCAUGAUUGCUAACGAAACCGAUAAAGAGCCGCCUAAAUUACCGGGUACACCUGAAAGCACUUUGGGCGCGCUACUCUCUCUUCUGUGGAAUUAUUUGGAAAAUGAGGAGGUGAAGUUUGUAAUGCGUAAACUGGUAAAUGCCUUACUGUCAACAUAUACACACACACACACGGGCCUGGAUUAUGAGAAGCAAAAGCGUGCCAUCACCGUGCUCACUUGCAUGUGCACGAAUGUUCAAACACGAAAAACAUUUCUGGAAUAUAAGUUUUUUAAAAAACAUUGUUUGGCCUUGCUAAUGUACAUACGCCCUCCAGAAUAUAAAUUCAUGCAGCAGCUGGUGCCUGACUCGGAUGUCUGGACAGAUGGCAUUGGUGGCCCUAAGCUGAAGUACCUUUCGCAAGUUGAUAAAAUUACCAAAGCCACCGAAAGCCUUUAUAAUGUGCAGAAAAAUCUGUUAAUUCUACUACUCGCUAACACGGAUGGUGAUGAGCUAGCACCGUCGAGUCGCAAAAUAUUUAUAUCCAAGUUGCGUCGUUACGUGAUGGAUCUUAGUAUGGAGCAGCGACCUUUCCAUUCGUUCUUCCUUAUGCAAUCUAGCAUAAUGCAUCCGAUGGAGUCCACAGUCGCGCUAUCAUUUAUUUGUAUACUCAUAGAUGUCACCAAAACGUUGUUUGAGAGUGAAUUGCCUGCGGCACAGGUGGAAAUCAAACCGGACUACUUCUUUGAUGGUACAUUCGAAUACCAACAUUUUGAUCGUGUUGGUGGUGUAUUGUCUCAUCUGCGCAAGGUGCAUCGCAGCGAUAUCUCAACAUAUUUGGGUGUGGAACGUGCGCAAGAGUUGCUUGAGGAGGAUCGUGCAGUGUUGCGCGUUGGAGAGUUGGUUGAUCCCGGCAUGUUUCUUACAGCAACGAAUCUUAACAAUAUCGCCAUUGCAGGCGCUCAAGGUCCCGCUACAACAUUCACGCAUUUCUUGAAUCCGCGCUUAAAUCCAGUGCAAGAUGCAACACCGGGUAAUGGCGAUGCGGAGAGUUCGCUUUCAGAGUUAUUUGACAUUUGCGUGCUCUACUACUAUUCGGUUGGGCAUAAGUACAUUGUUAAGAUUUCAUCAGUGCGCGAUGAAAUUGCCGCUUUAAAUGAAGUUCUGCGAGAAACAAAAUUCUAUCGCGAGGAUGUCGAACGCAAGUUAAAGGUGUUGGAGGAUCAUGCGAACGUGUGCAUGAACGAAAGUCAUUGCAAUAUUGUUUCUGAUCUGAAGCAGAAAUUUAGUCAACGCGAAAAUGUAUUCGCAAAACGUUCAAUCGAUUUGGCGCGCAAACAAACCUGGUAUCGUGCAGUCGCGCUUGGGAAACAACGCCGUAUGAUGAUUGUGUGGUUGUUGGAGAAAACGCUGCGUACAUUGAAUGCAUGCUCACAACUUGGUCCAUUAUUCUCAUUUGUACCUGAAGUGUAUAUCAAUAUACUACCCAUUUUAUUGGACACCGCUAUGGAUUUCAGUCAUCACGAUCUAUAUGCGCAGUUUGAAAUAACUGACGCUGAGUGCGCUGUCAAUGCAUCAGCAGAGUUUCUGGGCUUACAUUCCGCUGACCCACGCAUAAUCUUAGCUUCGUGCAAGGAUUCUCUGCUACAGGCUCUGGGCACUCUGACCUGUCAUAAAGCUGGUGUUCGUGCUUUGGAGCGUUCACCAAAGAAAAGCCAAAAUGCGCUUGUCAGAUCACUCUUGCGUCCUUAUGAAAAUCGUGCCUGGGGUCAAAGUAAUUGGCUGCUUUUGCGUUUUUGGCUUGGUGAUGGUUUUGCCUAUCGCGAUUCGCGGCAGCCAAGCAUAUGGCAGGGUGGCAAUCAGCCUGUACAAAUUGGACUUUGUAGAAGUCGUGCCAAAAAUGAGACACACACCGGCCUAUUACAUCAUAUUGCGCCUGCCAAUUCAUCGCGGUAUUUCCAAAAAUUGAUUGGACAAAAGUUGUCCGAGGAUGAGCCAUUCGCAACGGCUUUUCUGAAUUCGGUUUUGAGUCAGUUGAAUUGGGCAUUUUCGGAAUUUAUAUUGCUGUUGCAAGAGAUUCAGAAUACCGCACACCGUCAAGAGAACGCCGUUUUCGAGCCAAAGCAGCUGAAAAUUUGUUCAAUGUGUUUUGAGUUGACCGUUUCAUUGAUGCGUUGCUUGGAAAUGAUCAUCACAGUGGCGCCAGAAAUAUUCCAAGAACCUUCACGUUCCAAUAGUGAUUUAAUAUUGAAUCGUGUGUGCCAACUUAUUAGUCAAGUUUUGUCGCGUGUCACAGUGCCACCGGGCUGCUUCCAAUUCAUAGUCGAUAUGUGCUCCUCCGACUUGAAUUCGGUAACACAUUUUCCGAUUAUUAGCGCAGCACUGGGUAUUUUGGUGGCAUUGCUGCGGUCUGAACUUGACACAGAUCGUAAUCCACAAAAGGUGACACGUAUCACACGCGCGCUUCUCACCGAUCCCAGCUUUCAAUUUGCCAAUUUGGAGUUUGCGUUGGGUGAGAUAAAAACGCCAAUAUUGCAACAAGCGGAAAUACCGCGUGGUAAUUUCGAUCCGCAAACACGCGCACAUAUCGAUCCGUUAACCAAUGAUGUGCGUGUGCCAGUUCCAUCGACGUCAUCGAAAAGAAUACGCGCUGAUCCGCCAAUCAUUAAAUUUGCACUAUCUGAUUAUCCCACGCACGUAACACCGCAGGAAAUCGAAGAGGUGCGCAAACUUAUCGAUAUGUUGCGCAUAAAGCAAUCGCUGCUCUCGGACAUAACGUUGCCUUCGGAAGAUUCGCUCUGUCCUAUUUGUUGCGCCAAGCCAAUCACUGUGAUUUUCACGCCUUGCAAACAUCAAUCGUGUAGCAAUUGCAUUAUGCAACACUUAAUGAAUUCGAAGGUGUGCUUCUAUUGCAAAACACUCAUCAAAACUAUCGAAACCAAUGAGGGCACAGUGAUUUACAAUAACAUCGAAUAUACGUCAACGCCCACAUUCUUUGAAAUUUAGUUAAGUUGCGCGCCCACUACUACAUCAAAUAACUGUAACCCACCUUGAUUCUAGUCAGCCCUUUGUGACGACAUAACUAAACUUAACUAUGUACUACAACAAAACUGCCUAAAAUGAUAUCCUUGAAAUUGUUUACCAAAGUUACAAAUUUUUACAAAACGAAAAAGAAUUGCAUUUGUUUUUAGCUUUAAUUGUUAUUGUGAUACGCUUUAUUGUUCGAAUCAACACAUCUAAACUAGCUGCACACACACAUAUUUGCGUGCAUAUGGAAAUAUAUGCAAUCGAAUAAGUUUGCAAUUAUUUUACUUCACUUAAAUAGAACAUUCCCAAGCAAUUUCUAUAAGCAAUUUUAAAGAAAUUUUGUAUUUUAUUGCCAUUGCAAUUCAAAUAGCCAAAUUCAAAAUUAGAAAAUAAUAAAAAACAAAAAAAAAAAAAAAUAAGUAUUUGCUAUAGUAUUUAUGCAUAAAUC